AUGGCUGAGGCUGUGCUUGAACUUGUGCUUCACAAUUUGAACUCACUCAUUCAGAAGGAGAUUGGCUUAUUUCUUGGUUUUCAUCAAGACUUUAAUAGUCUUUCCAGCUUCCUGACAACAAUCAAGCCUACACUUGAAGAUGCUGAGGAGAAACAAUUCACUGACAGAGCUAUCAAGGAUUGGCUGCUUAAACUCAAAGAUGCUGCUCAUGUCCUCGACGACAUCUUGGACGAGUGUUCCACUCAAGUGCUGGAGAUGGAGUCUAAAGGACUGUCACACAAUGUAUAA